AUCGUCACCCGAGGUGGUGAUGGGAAACCCGAGCAGGUUGCCACUUGGUGUAUAUAAAUAGAAAGCGAGGCAGGGUGGCAGGCGGAGAUCGCUUUCGCAGUCUCGCUUCCGGUGGCAUUGCAAGUUCGCUCCACUGUGCUCGUGAAGUAGCGGCGGCCUCAUUAGGGUUAGGUUUCGGGGUUGCAGCGGAGCGUUUGCGAUGGCGGCCGACAAGAGCAAGAAGGUGAAAAUCGGCGAGCCAGGAGUCGAGGGGGAGCCCGAGCCUAUCGAUGGGGAGCUGGUACUCAACAUCGAGAAGCUCCAGGAGAUACAAGAAGAGCUGGAGAAGAUCAACGAGGAAGCAAGUGAUAAAGUUUUUGAGGUGGAACAAAAAUACAAUGAGGUUCGCAGACCCGUGUAUGUCAAACGGGCAGAAAUUAUCAAAAAUAUCCCAGAUUUUUGGUUAACUGCGUUCUUGAGCCAUCCAGCCCUUGGUGAUCUUCUCGCUGAGAAGGAUCAUGAGGUUUUCAAGUUCAUGCAAUCAAUAGAUGUUGAAGAUUUUAAGGAUGUGAAGACAGGCUACUCUAUUACAUUUAACUUCUCUGAGAAUCCAUAUUUUGAGGAUAGAAAAUUAACAAAGACAUAUGCAUUCGCUGAUGAAGGAACUACUAAUGUAUCUGGUACUAAAAUUAGGUGGAAGGAAGGCAUGGAUCUUCUUGCGAAUGGUAAUGUUCAAGAGAAGAAAGGAAGUAAACGCUCCUUUAUCGAGGAAAGUUUUUUCAGUUGGUUUAAUGAAAAUUUGCAUAAGAACCUCUCAGAAGGAGUGAUAGAUGAGGUGGCUGCGAUAAUCAAGGAAGACUUGUGGCCCAAUCCUUUAAAAUACUUCAACAAUGAAAUCGAUGAAGAUGAUUUUGAUGGUGAGGAUGAUGAAGAGGAAACUGAUGGGGAUGACGGGGAGGAAGAUGAUGGUGAGCAGGAUGAUGAUGAUGACGAAGAAGAAGAGGAUGAAGAUUGAGAUCUAAACUGUCUACCAUUUUGCAAUAAGCACAAGCAAAACAAAAGCUUAUUCGUAGUCAGUCAACGAUGAGACGGAGACGGAAAUGUUGUGUUGUUUCGGAAAUGCGAGAAGCUUAGAUGUGUUAGAUUCCUACCAGCUUCAUACACUGAUAGCUAGCUUAGUAGCAUCAUGACUGUCUGGGAUUCAACUUUUAUGACGACAUUUCGCCCUUUCAGUUAUAUAUAGAUUUAUUUGAUUAUAAACUUGUUAGCACUUUUUAGUAGUGAACUGAAAAUGGAUGUCUUUUUCUUCUAUCUGCACUUAUGUUUUACGUCAA